AUGGCAGAAGGUGAAUCUGAGGGCGACAAAGCUGCCGACCAAGUGCCUGGCUCGUUGCCUGAGGAGUUCUUGCAAUUCCUAGAUGCCAAUGGUGUCCCCAAAGAGGUCUUUACUGGUGCCAUCCGGCAAGAGAUCCCUCGCUAUGUCCGUGUGAAUCCGAGGGUCCUCCGUCUAUGGGCUGCAACUUGCAGCUGUGUCCCACUGCUGACAUUCACCAGAAUUCUGGACCUGAUGAUUUGCGAACGCUGUAACCCUUUGCAAGCUCACGACGUUGUGAUCUGCGAGGAUGCAAGUUGGGCUGCAGCUUUGAUCUUGUAUUUCGCGAGCGGUUGUGAAGGACUCGAUGCAGUAUGGAGCUACAUGGAAGAAAGAAGAAUGCUGCAGAUGGAGCGACUUUCAUUCCUGGCGUAUACCAAGGAAUUGACAACUCUAGUACACAAGUUUGGAAAGCCACCAGUUGGUAUGCUCAAGUUCGAUGAUGAUGACAGACAGCAGGUCAGAGCAUAUUAUGCGUGGCAAUACUUGCAUGUACUUGUAGGUCGCGGAAAUUUCAGCGAUGAAAGGGAGGAAGAAGUUGCUGACAGGCAGAAAGAUCUCCCAGGAAAACGAGCUUUCGAUGUCGCAAAACAAAAAUGGACAGAAGCUCAAUACCAAACAGACAUGGAUGACGUGGCUGACAGGCUCCGUGAAAAUGUUGUGCGAGCAGGGUAUGGUACCAAGCUUCUCACUUUUGAUGCUUUUUGGCAGGAAUUGUGGUGCAUCGGGACUCAAGGAUUUGCAGCACAAUCCAAGUUCAUGCUCAACAUCACACGGAAGCUGAACGGACAAAAGGCUGCCACCAGCAGCAAAAGAUACAUGAUCAGAUUGACCAAGAAGGGGGCGAUUAGCCUACUGUCCAAAGCAGAGCUCAGGAAAAGGCUCGAAGAGGACGGGAUCUGUUCGAGCACCGGAAGUCUCAAAUACGAAGAGGAAGCAGUAAGGACCCUCUUCGCAGGAGAUGUGGUGCACUACUUGAUCUCCGCGUGGGCGACAGCCAAAUUAGAGGAAUCUAUGUACCGGGGCUCAAGCAUUGUGACGGACCUGGGAUUGCAGGCCAUCGAUGAGCUCAAAUUCAUGUUGCGUAUGUCCGAACAUAUGCACAGGCGGACGUGGGCAUUCGCCUACGACUUCCGCAAUUUUAACGCGCAGCAUUCAAAGCAGGAUAUGAAACGCUAUUACCAGUUGCUUAAAGAAGCUGGGACCCAAAUUGAUCACAAUUACGAUUGGAUCAGGGCAAUGGACGGGUUGUUGGAGAGCGUCGACAACACCUGCAGACGUGCCACUGGUGACAAGAAAUUUGUGAGAGCAUUGUCUGGGCUUCUUUUUGGUAUACGUGCAACACAAGGGAUUAACACAUCUAUGAAUAUCUCGUACAUGGACGUGAUAAAUAGAUGCAUUGACAGGAUCAUUCGGAGUACAUUCACGUUAGAUUCGAAAAGCCAUGGUGAUGAUGUGAAUGCUCUGAUCGACAGUUGGUUGUGCGGUAUCCUCAUGUUCUACUGUGCACAAGAGAUCGGCUAUGUUGCACAAGAUCUCAAGGUCACACUUGAAGCUGGACGCACCCAAUACCUUCGCAUUGCAUAUGGAAGGGAUAGAAGCUUGAAUGGCUAUCUGGCUCGUGCAAUCGCAAGGUUUACCAGCACAGAGUGGAAACCACGUUAUCGCAGUUUGCUAGCUGAUAGGCUUGGAGAAUUGAAUGCCCAAAUCAGUUUGCUCAGACGCCGUGGAAUGUGCCAGGAAAUGGCCAAUGCAACAUUUGAUGUGAUGCGACAAUUCUACGGAGGUGAAGGGUCUGGACUGCCUGGCUAUGUGAAGCUUAGUGAUGCACUGGCGCAUAGCUGCGUUGAAUCAAAUGGCGCAGGGAUCUUGCACACAGAAGAUGAUGAAGAGCCGAUCUACUUGAUCGCUGAAUGCAUGCCAAGAGCACCAAUCACACAGCCAACGGGUGAGGUGCUACGUGUAAUCAGCAGCAUGCCCAAGAAAGCAAUCUACAGGUAUUGGCAUUUGCUGGCCGAGAAUUUCCCAGAUAUCAACGGUUUGCACACAGAGAAAACGAGAGAUAGAGAAGUGGCUCGUGAGCAUAUCGGCGAUUGCAUGGCACAGCUGCCAAAGCAUCUUCAGCAUGCUGAUCGGAUGUCAAGGAAUGAGGCGUUCAGGAAUUGGGUACACAAGUGGGAAAAGGCUUACAAAACAGCCUACGAUGCACAGAAUGUGAAAAGGAGCAUUGACCCAAGAAGCCUCAGUCUUGCAAAACAAUUCGCAACUGAAGAUGUCGAAAUCUUGGAAGUGAUUGCACAUGGGCAUGAUCUCGAUUUUUCCACAAGAUCACAGUACGAGCGGUUGACUGGAGCAAUUGAGCGCAAAGGCAUCAGAAUCACAACCUUUGUGACCACUGCGAUCAAGAGGGCAGCGGUAACAAACCGAAUCAAAUAUGUGAUGCCGUUCAUUGACGGAGACUUUGGAGGGUAUUCAGAGCCAGCAGUAUUGAAGUUGGUGCUUGAUGGAAUCCAAUUCAACCAAAUGGCAGGAAAGAUGCUGCCAGCUCAGUUUUUGUCUGUGAUCCGAAACAGAGCCAUUUACAAUUUCGAAAUCAUCAGUCGUGACCUCGAUCUGAUGAGAGCAUUUGUCUAUGCCUACGAAGUAUACAUGUACAGAAAUUUCAUGGCUAGACCACUUUUCCAGAGGGGACCUUUCGCCGACUUGUCUCCGGCAGAGCGGCAGAAGGCCAUCAGCCAAGCGCUUCAAACUGAGCAGAGUGCGGUGCAACUGGUCCAAUGGCUGCGCGCUGGAGAGGUCACCGAUCAUCGCUACAUGGAGGUUUAUGCCUGCCCAGCUUCAAGCAACCUCUCUCGCACUGAGGCUUAUCGCAACGGGAGCUUGUACGGUGUUGAUGCUGCUUCAGUCUUCGCAGUCUGUUGCUUGCAGCCAAGGCCCAAGGAUCAUAUCUUGGAUCUCUGUUGCGCGCCAGGUGCCAAGCUUUGCACGCUCAGCGAUGCAGUUGGAUCUGAUGGCACAGUGACUGGUGUCGACGUGGCCGAGCAACGACUUGCAGCGUGUCGCACAGUGCUGCGCAAGUACGGCAUCUCCAAUGUGAAGCUCUCGCUGGGCGAUGGCACCACCUGGCGGCCGAACACGGCGGAAUGGCGCGGUCAACGUGGUCGCAAACGGCGCUUCGAGGAGAAAGCAAAGGCCAUCUCUGCCGGACGUGAUGCAACGGCGGCGGCCACGGCCGACACGGCCAACACGGCCGACAGGGCCGACACGAACGAAACCUACGACCGGGUGCUGGUGGAUGCGGAGUGUGGGAGCUCAGAUCUGAAGUUUGAAGUUAUACAAAGUGGCCGUGUUCCUUGGAUCCGACAGGAGGGUCUCUUUGACCUUCAACUGGGUCUUCUUUCGAACGGUUUCGCUUUGCUCAAGGAGGGCGGUUACCUGGUGUAUGCGACCUGCUCGCUGUGUCAGCGGCAAAAUGAGGAUGUGGUGGAUUCCCUUCUGAAACAGAAUCCCAGUGCUGCCCUCUCCGCUCUUCCCUUGCCGCUGUGUGCGGCCAACCUUAGAGAGCCCAGCUCCUCUGCACCAGCAAGGCCCUCCUUGCUGGAAGCUGGAGGGCCGAAGGGCGGUGGACAGUACUGCACUGCCCGCUUUGAUCCUGUGACCUCUGGAACGAGCGGAUUGUUCAUUGCACGCCUCCAGAAAUUGAAGGCAGUCGAGCAGAUCUCGAAAGCGGAAAGUCCAGGCCCAGCAGUUGCUCCGCACUGCCGGUGA